UUUUCUAAAACUGUUGUCUGCCAUCCACGAUGUCGAAAAUCAUAUCGUUAAAGAACACAGUGAGUUUGGUUACUGGUGGUGCUUCUGGUUUGGGUCGGGCCACAGCCGAGCGGUUUGCACAGCUGGGGUCCCGUGUAGCAAUUUUAGACCUGCCUUCUUCAGAUGGGGAGAAUGUUGCUGCACAGAUCAAGGAAAAAACCAGCGGAGAAUGCAUUUUUACACCUGCUGAUGUAACAAGUGAGUCUGAUGUUUCGUCAGUGAUUGACAAGAUCAGUGAGAAAUAUGGAGCCCUACACAAUGUGAUCAACUGUGCUGGCAUAGGUGUGGCUCGCAGGACUAUUAACUUUGGGAGAAAGGAGACUCACUCACUCGAGCUCUUCAACAGAGUCCUUUUGACAAACGUCGGUGGUACAUUUAAUGUCAUCGCCAAGGCAUGUCCUCUAAUCAACGAGAAUAAACCUCUGAAUGAAGAUAAUUGCCUGGGCUGCAUCAUUAACACAUCCAGCAUUGCAGCAUUUGACGGACAGAUUGGCCAGGUAGCAUACUCUGCCAGUAAAGGGGCGAUUGCAGCCAUGACAUUACCAAUAGCCAGAGAUCUAUCUAUACGAGGCAUCAGAUGUGUAACCAUUGCCCCAGGCUUGUUCAAGACCCCGCUGCUGGAGUCACUGCCUGCGAAGGUGCAGAAGCAGCUGGCCACAUUGGUCCCCUUCCCGACCCGUCUCGGAGACCCUGCCGAGUUUGCCCAUCUGUGCCAGAGUAUCGCCGAGAACCCCAUGUUGAACGGCGAGGUCAUCAGGCUUGAUGGGGCCAUUCGUAUGUUGCCUUGAUGCUGUGGUCGCAUUGGAGGAUUUGGGACUUCCUAGACAUUACAUGAAUUUUGUGAUCAAAUACUUUUUAAUACUGUCAACCUGUGAAUAGUGCUAAUGAGGAAUGUCAGGACAUUCUGUUUGGUCGUAUACAUGUGCAUACAUUGUUUUUUUAGUAAAUUGUGGAGAAAAAAUGUGCAACCCACAAAUGGUUUUGUUUGAUAUAGCAAAGGCCAAAGAGGUUUACGUGUAUUCGUAAAUGUAAAGUCAACUUUUUCUUUUGAACUUUAGCAUUAAUAGAUGUUGUUGGAUAAAAUUUAAAGCCUUCAGUUGCAUUUUUUACAAAUUGUGAAUUACACUGCUAUUAGUCCACUCAUAUUGUGACAUAAUCUCACUAAAAUGUGCCCAUUGUGUUGAAAUUAUAAAACAGUGCCCGAUGAAACAUAUUUAGGUAAAUAAACAAAAUGAGGACCCACUAAAAUUUUGUCCAAGACAACCGCCAAAAUCCUAUAUUGCCGCCAACUACCUUUAACAGUCUAUAUUUUGAAGUCAGAAUAAACCAUUAAAUAUAGAACGAGCAGUUUCACUAAAACUUUCUUGGUUCAGCCAAUGUAUGAAUAGAAGUAAUUAAAUCUAAGAUAAUAAGGUAUGUUUUAGUAUAGAUACAAAAUUUAAUCUUAAACAUACCCUUGGUACAUGCAUGCAUGGACCAAACCUCAAUUGUUUACAAAUCUACCUUUCAUAACAAAUACAUGUACUGGAGUAUUUAGCCAUUGGCUCUUAAAUGUUACCUAUUUGACAUUUUCCUUUCUCUAACUUGACCAUUUAACAUACAAUCUUAACUAAACUUUUACUUUGGAGUUAUGGCCCUUUUUUGUCAAUUUUUUACCAAAUUGACCAUGUUCGCUUACAAGGGUCUGAAGCUAUUUUCCAUCAUAUCCUUAUUAAACUUACUCGUGUAUUUUCUGAUCGAGCUUACUUCCAAUAUUAAAUCAUCUUGUCCUCUCCCAUAACUUUAAAAAGUUUGGUGUCUUAACUUUUGUUUGUUUUAAAAGUUCCAACAACCAAGUGUACAAGAAGAAGCAAUAGCUAUGAAGUUAUUUAAAUUCAAUAUAAAUUUAAUCUUUAUUCAAGCAAUGGCAUAUGAGUCCAAAUACAUUUUAGAAAGUUCUAGUCAGUGUCACAUGUGGAUGUGUUUGUUUCGCAGAAUAUCCAAGGCAUUCCAAGUGCUGUUGUCUGUUAAAAAGUCCCAGAUCUGAAAUGUCAACUAGUAAAUGCCAAUUAUUACAAAAUAUAUAUUUUUUAUAUAUACUGUAUACCAGGUAACAAUAUUGGUUGUUAUGCCAUUUAUGAACUUUUCACAAAGUUGCUGCAAUUUACCGUUGCACAACAUUUAUUUAUUGAUUAAAUUAAGCUAUAAUGCCAGUGUGAUUUAAAUUUUAUUCCAAAAUACCACGUGUCUACAGCACUAGUGAGAAUUGAUUGGGAACAUCAAAUAUUAAAUUAAGAGAUUGCGACAUCAAAAUAUUAAACUACAAAAAAAAGGUGUCUUUCUUCGCCAUUGGCCUAUCUCCAUUCUUGAUUAUGUUUAUAAUGAAACAAAAUUAUGUAAAUAUGUGCAGUUUCAAUGUUUUCUGACUUUUCAUAUCUUAUUAUCUUUCAAAGCACAUAUUUCCUUUUUUUCCCUGAAGUUACUGCAACAUAAUAUCACAAGUUAAGGUGAAUGUGAGUUGUAUUAGAUAUAGAUAGUGAUCAAAUAUUGGUAUAAUAAACGUCAUUAUUAUGUC